UUUCUGUCUCCUCCUUAUCUUUGAAAGUAAAAAAAGAAAGAAAGAAAACCUCUCUCUCCACUGACAUUGGUGAAGGCAGGGAGAGAAAAGACUGUUCAUCAUCGUCGUCUCCCCCGCCCCCCCCCCAAGACAAACAAUGAAAAUGAAGAAGAAAGGAAAAGUUUACCCCUCUCCUCCUCCUCCUACUCAACCACCACAACCAUCAUCGUCUUCUUCAUCUCACUACCUCGACGAAGACCACUCUCUCUCCGUCCUGAGGCUUCUCCCAGCGACGAUUUUGGUCCUGGUCACGGUUCUCUCAGCUGAAGACAGAGAAGUUCUCGCUUACUUGAUCACAAGAGGAACCGCCACCAUCUCCGUCGACUCCAACAAGAAGAAGGCGACGAAGAAGAAGAACAAAUCUAGCAGAAACCACAAGCCUCCCGUGUUCGACUGCGAGUGUUUCGAUUGCUACACUAGCUACUGGCUCCGAUGGGACUCCUCUCCGAACCGCGAGCUCAUCCACGACAUCAUCGAGGCGUUCGAGAACCACCAUCUCGCUACCGGCGGCGAAGAUUCGGCUGCUUCGAGGAACAAAUCCAAGAGAGGUAAGAAGAAAGAGAAACCGGGUCGUCGAGGUGGUGGUGAUAAGGAUGAGAAGAAGCCUGUCGUCGAGGUGGAGCCGGUGAUUGAAACUGCUGUUUUAGAGAGCCACGUGUCGUCUCCUGAUAACCCGCCGGGGAGAUUGAGUGAAGCUGAGGUGACGGGGGAGGAUGUGGAGGAGGAGGAUGUGGAGGAGGAGGUUGUUAAUGGAGAAGAGGAAGAGUCAGCGGUGGUUUUACCGGCGGCGGCUGCGAGUGGACACAAGGGAUUGGCGAGGAAGGUACUACCGGACGUGUUGGGUCUGUUCAAUUCCAGUUUUUGGAGGCUUUGGAAUCCGAACGCGUAAAAAAGCAUCAUCGAUCAAAAAGUUUAUGCUUUUUUGUUUUUCUCUGUUGCUGUUUUCUGAUAAAAAAAAGGAAAUAAUCAAAUCUUCAUGCUUAUGUUCUAUCAAUCACUGCUUGGCUAUGUGUAAUUGGUUUAUUAAAAUGCAGUCUUUAGCUCUCUCUUUUUGUUCA